AUAGACAUUAAAUCUCUGGCACAACCAACGAAACCAAAAUUUCUCUUAUCUCUCUCUAUCUCUCUGUCUCUCUCCCUCUGCAACACUGUGAUACCCAAAAAAUGGUGAAGAUGGACAAAGAUGAACAGAAGCCUCAUGCAAUUUUUGUUGGAUAUCCUCUCCAAGGGCACGUAAUCCCAGCCGUUCAUCUCGCUAUUAAACUUGCAUCAAAGGGUUUCACCAUCACCUUCGUGAACACAGAUGCCAUCCAUCACAAGACAUCCGAAGCGCGACUCGACAGUAGCGCCGCCGCCGCCGACGACGACGACAUCUUUGCCGGAGCUCGUAAAGCCGGUCUGGACAUACGUUAUAGAACUGUAGCGGAUGGCCUUCCCUUGGAUUUCGACCGUUCAGUGAACCACGACCAAUUCAUGGCCUCUCUCCUCCACGUCUUCUCCGCCCACGUCGAAGUUCUCGUCGGUAAAAUCAUCAAAUCUGAAGAACCUCCCGUCACUUGCUUGAUCGCCGAUACCUUCUUCGUCUGGCCCUCCAUGAUCGCCAAGAAGUUUGGCCUCCUUUAUGUCUCUUUUUGGACCGAACCAGCUUUGGUUUUCAAUCUCUACUAUCACAUCCACCUUCUCAGAUCCAACUCUCACUUCGCUUGUCAAGACAAGAGAAAGGACACCAUAGAUUACAUACCCGGUGUAGCGUCGAUCGAACCAACCGAUCUAACAUCAUACCUACAAGAUACCGAUACAACGACGGUUUGUCAUCAAAUCAUCUGCAAAAGCUUUGAAGAGGCCAGAGGAGCUGAUUUCGUAUUAUGCAACACCGUACAAGAGCUGGAGCCUAACACAAUCUCCGCCUUACAACUGGAGAAACCUUUCUACGCGGUGGGUCCCAUCUUCCCAACCAAGAGCUUCGUCGCAACGAGCCUAUGGUCCGAGAGUGACUGCACCCAAUGGCUCAACACCAAGCCACAUGGUUCGGUGUUAUACGUGUCGUUUGGUAGCUACGCCCACGUAAGCAAGGAGGAGAUCGUGGAGAUAGCUAAGGGGCUCCAACUCAGCAAAGCCAAUAUUGUUUGGGUGCUCCGCCCGGAUAUUGUGGUUUCCAACGAGGGUGACCCGUUACCCGAUGGGUUUAGAGAGGAGAUGGGAGAGAGAGGGUUGAUAGUGCAGUGGUGCCGUCAGAUGGAGGUACUGAAGCAUCCGGCCGUUGGUGGGUUCUUGACCCAUUGUGGCUGGAACUCCAUAUUAGAGACCAUCUCGUGUGGGGUACCACUGCUGUGCUUCCCUCUAUUAACGGAUCAGUUCACUAACAGGAAAUUAGUGGUGGAUGAUUGGAGGAUCGGGAUGGAUCUCUGCCGGAGAAAGAAUCAAGUCACGAAAGAUGAAGUAGCUGAUAAGAUUAACCGUCUGAUGAGUGGAAAAGAUGGGGAGAAGUAUAGGGAGGAGAUCAAGAGGCUGAGGAAGACAUUAGAGAACGCAAUGGCGGUGGGAGGGUCAUCGGGCAGAAACUUGGAUCGAUUCAUUGUGGAGCUGAUGGAGCGCACUGCAGCUGCAUCACACCAGAGCAAGGAAGUUCGGAUUUAACCCGAUCCAUUACCCAUCUGGGCUAGUUCUCCACCCAAACCUAUAAUUUAAGAAUGAAAUGUAUUUAGGUACAUGAUAAAGGACAGAGUGGUGAGAGCCAACUGCAAUCUACAUCCAACCUUUUUUUAUUUUUUAAUAGAUUCCAAGUUGAGCUCCCAUCCAAGGGGGAAAAAAUAAAGUAGUUUUGUUUUUGGCCUAA